GUCGUGAUGAUCGCGAAUACUCGCGUGCUGAGCGCAGACAUGUCGAUGUACUUCUUCCGGCUUCACAACCUACGCCGUCAGGCGGAGGAAGUACGCAAGAAGCGGCAGAAACAAGGCAGAGGCAGCCAGGGAGGUCAACUUGGGACCAAUCACACGGACCAGUCCCAACCGACAGCUGGAUCCAUGCAAUCCUGCAACCGGGUCCAUCGGGGCCCAAGCAGGCUUUUCGAACGAGCCCCCCUGCAACCUAGCGACUCGCUUGACGAAAUCGCCUUCCAGAUACCGAGAGUUCGUGUCGAGUAUUAUGUGAACGAAAAUACAUUCAAGGAACGGCUGCAGCUGUAUUUCAUCAAGAAUCAACGUUCGAGCUUGAGGAUACGACUUGCUAAUCUCUUCUUCAAAUUGCUAACAUGCUUCCUGUAUAUAUUCAGGGUUAUUACCGACAGCGACCCAACAUUCGCAGCAUGUUACGAUUGCAUACCAGGCAACAAGACCGAGUUUCUCGCGUCUCAAAACUUGACGGAGGAGGAGUUUCAGGACCACCCGACCAUCAAUUGGGACGCAAUUCUCUGGGUCAGAAGACCCCUAGAGCUGUGGGUAGUUCAAGUGAUUUUGGCGAUGGUGUCGUUAACUGAGGCCUUGCUACUCGCUUAUCUCGGUUACAAGGGAAAUGUCUGGCAGCAGCUUCUAUCCUUUCACUUCAUCCUGGAACUGGUCAACACAAUCCCAUUUACAAUAACGUUAUUAUACCCACCAAUGAGAAAUUUGUUUAUUCCGGUGUUCUUAAACUGCUGGUUGGCGAAACACUCCCUGGAGAAUAUGUUCAACGAUCUACACAGGGCGAUGCAGAAGUCCCAAUCGGCAUUGAGUCAGCAGCUGAUGAUCCUUAGUGCUACGUUACUGUGCCUUGUCUUUACUAGCGUAUGCGGGAUCCAGCACUUCCAAAGAGCGGGGCACAGACAUUUGAAUCUAUUUCAAAGCACGUACUACGUAGUAGUGACAUUUUCCACAGUAGGCUAUGGAGAUUUCGUGCCGGACAUUUGGCCUUCGCAACUUUACAUGGUCAUUAUGAUCUGCGUAGCACUCAUAGUGUUACCAACGCAGUUCGAACAGUUAGCUUUUACGUGGAUGGAACGUCAGAAGCUAGGCGGUUCGUAUUCGUCGCACAGAGCGCAGAGCGAGAAGCACGUAGUAGUUUGCAGUACGACGUUGCAAGCCGACACUAUCAUGGACUUUCUAAAUGAGUUUUACGCCCAUCCUCUGCUGCAGGAUUAUUACGUGGUGCUUCUGUCGCCGAUGGAACUUGAUACCACAAUGCGAAUGAUCCUGCAAGUGCCGAUCUGGGCACAGAGGGUGAUUUACAUACAGGGCUCGUGCUUAAAGGACGGCGAUCUCGCGAGAGCUAGAAUGAACGAGGCGGAAGCCUGCUUCGUGUUGGCAGCGAGAAAUUAUGCCGACAAGACCGCUGCUGACGAGCACACGAUACUGAGAUCGUGGGCGGUAAAAGAUUUUGCGCCUAGUGUUCCUCAGUACGUUCAAAUCUUCCGUCCGGAAAACAAGCUCCACGUGAAGUUUGCGGAGCACGUGGUAUGUGAGGAUGAAUUUAAAUACGCUCUAUUGGCAAACAAUUGCACAUGUCCCGGUGCAUCGACGUUAGUCACCCUGUUGCUGCACACGUCCAGAGGACAAGAAGGCCAACAGUCGCAAGAAGAGUGGCAUAGGCUGUACGGUAAAUGUUCCGGCAACGAGAUUUAUCACAUAAUUCUCGGUGACUCUCGCUUCUUCGGGGAAUACGAGGGAAAAUCCUUCACGUACGCGUCCUUUCACAGUCACCGGAAAUAUGGAGUUGCUCUAGUCGCAGUCAGACCGGCGGAACUUCCGGAAUUUUACGAAGAUACCAUUCUGCUGAAUCCUGGGCCACGGCAUAUAAUGAAAAAGACCGAUACUUGUUACUACAUGAGUAUCACGAAGGAAGAGAACUCCGCGUUCGUGGUCGCGAAUAACCAGAGCGGCAUCGCCGGCGAAGGGACGCAGAUAAUCGUCGAGACGAAGGCGGACACGUCCGCGAGCAACGGAUCGACGACGAACACCACGACGACCAACACUAUGACGGCGACCGUGAAUUCGGGGGCAACGUUGGCGACGACGACUACCACUACUACCACGACAAUAUCGACCAGCUGCACUGUCGGUGGUGGCGGCGACGGGAAUGGUACAGCAAUCAGCAACGGUGCCGAUGCGCACCAGCGAUUUUCCAACAGUUAUAACGUUGCGCUGAGCGAAACACUACGCAGGCAGGAGACCUGCACGGGGCCCCGUGCACAGGACUGGCCGAACGGUCCUCAAGGUCACAGGGCCCCGUUGCCACCGCAGGUUAUUUUGCAGGUCCUCCCUAGCACGCCCACACCAAUCCAACACCACAACUUACUCGCAUCCGAUGUCCAUCCGACUUAUCUCGAUCCUGGAGGAUUCGGGGACUCGAGGCAAUGUUUGAAAGAAGGAGGAUCAACACCACAAACACCAAUCACGGGCAAUCACCUUGAUGUGCCACGAUCUCUUGAUCCGAAUCCUAAUCUACUGAGUCCAGAAAUUCUAACUCAAAGGAGAGGAAGCAGAAGACCGAGUAUUCUGCCAGUACCAGAUAUGCUGACUAGCUCGACGCUGCAUUUGCCUGGUCAGGAAUCCUUAGACCACGACGGUGAUGAGUCGGAGGACGAAAUGGAUGACGAUGUUCCCUGGAGAUCGCCAAGCGAGAAAAUCGCUUACAAAGGGAUUGUCAAGGGAUUUCCGCCGGUUUCACCAUUCAUUGGAGUUUCGCCGACCUUGUGCUAUCUUCUCAAAGAGAAGAAGCCGCUCUGUUGCCUUCAACUGGCUCAGGUAUGCCAGCAUUGCAGCUAUAGGAACGCCAAAGAAUACAAUUGGCAAAAUAAGACCAUCAUAUUGGCGGCCGAUUACGCCAGCAAUGGGAUUUAUAACUUUAUAAUACCAUUAAGAGCACAUUUUAGUUUGCAAUCAGGAAGCAGAAGACCGAGUAUUCUGCCAGUACCAGAUAUGCUGACUAGCUCGACGCUGCAUUUGCCUGGUCAGGAAUCCUUAGACCACGACGGUGAUGAGUCGGAGGACGAAAUGGAUGACGAUGUUCCCUGGAGAUCGCCAAGCGAGAAAAUCGCUUACAAAGGGAUUGUCAAGGGAUUUCCGCCGGUUUCACCAUUCAUUGGAGUUUCGCCGACCUUGUGCUAUCUUCUCAAAGAGAAGAAGCCGCUCUGUUGCCUUCAACUGGCUCAGGUAUGCCAGCAUUGCAGCUAUAGGAACGCCAAAGAAUACAAUUGGCAAAAUAAGACCAUCAUAUUGGCGGCCGAUUACGCCAGCAAUGGGAUUUAUAACUUUAUAAUACCAUUAAGAGCACAUUUUAGGUCGAAAACGUCAUUGAAUCCGAUCAUCCUUUUGCUGGAGAGGAAACCGGAAAUCGCGUUUCUCGACGCGGUGUCCUACUUUCCGUUGGUCUAUUGGAUGCGCGGCUCCAUCGACUGCUUGGACGACCUUCUUCGGGCCGGUAUCACUUUGGCAGAGAACGUCGUGGUCGUAAACAAGGAGCUCAACAAUUCCGCCGAAGAGGAUACCCUAGCUGAUUGUAACACGAUAGUUGCGGUGCAAACUAUGUUCAAAUUCUUCCCGAGCAUAAAGAGCAUAACGGAACUGUCCCAGUCGAGUAAUAUGCGUUUCAUGCAAUUCCGGGCGCACGACAAGUACGCUUUGCAUCUCAGCAAAAUGGAAAAGAGAGAAAAAGAGAGAGGAUCUCACAUAUCGUACAUGUUUCGACUGCCGUUCGCCGCUGGCAGUGUCUUCAGCGCCUCGAUGUUAGACACUUUGCUUUAUCAAGCAUUCGUCAAGGAUUACGUGAUAACAUUCGUGAGAUUAUUAUUAGGAGUGGACCAAGCGCCAGGAUCUGGGUUUCUGACGUCGAUGCGUAUAACAAAGGAAGACAUGUGGAUAAGGACGUACGGCAGGUUGUAUCAGAAACUCUGCUCGACCACUUGCGAGAUACCAAUUGGAAUAUACAGGACGCAGGACACUACCGUAUCCGAUUCGUCUCACCAGGGCGAUUCAGACGCGGAAAGCGACGCCGGCGUCGGUGUGACGUACAAGAUGCGUCAUUCGGCGGCAGCAUCGUGCCUUGCGAAUUGCGCCACCCGCGACAAGGGUGCAUCUGCUACUCGUCUGCCGCAGCACAGCAGCGCAUGUAAAACGUCGUUGCAUCCCCGAUUGAUUAUACUCUAUUCGGUGAGCCUCGGCGACGAGGCGCGCGACAACCACGCGCAGCAGAUCGAACGGGCGGAGAUUGCAAACCUGGUGCGCUCGCGGAUGGAAUCGCUGAAUCUACCAGUCGCCGAUUACGACGAUGUAUCGGAGAAGCGCAGCAGCCUCUCCUACGUGAUCAUCAACCCGAGCUGCGACCUGAAACUUGAGGAGGGCGAUAUCGUCUACCUGGUGCGACCGAGCCCGUUCUCCGCACAGAAGACGUUCGAGCGACACAACUCUCGGCGCAAAAGCAACAUCAGCUUCUGCUCGGCGCAGCUAGUGUCACAGAUGAGCGCCGCGGUCGCGGCUGCGGGUCUGCAGACAGGUGGUCCGGGAAGCCGUCGUGGAUCCAGCAUAGGUCUGGCCAGGGCGCCACCCCUCAGCACGACAAAAUCAAACUCGUUGUCUCUACCCGAUAGUCCCACCGUGGCCGGAACUCUGCGCGGUCGCUCAAACUCGUUGAGAGUGGUCGACGAUAUUCUGUUGCGACGAAGUAAUUCUCUGAGACAGAGCCUGACGACGACGGCCAGGCGGAAGAGCAGUCUGGAGGAUAUCGGUCUGGGAGCGCUCUCGCAUCAUUCCAAUCAUAACCCGAUCAAGAUCGCCUUGAACGGCUCGAUCGGCCUGGAGGUGACACCGCCGGAAGAAGGCUCGCAGGGCGGCGGCGCCAGCAACACCGGCAUCCUCGACGUGGGCCUGCCCUCCAUGCCCGAGCUUAACGCGGCUUUGGGGCCCAGUCUCGGCGCGGGCCUUGGUGGCUCCCUGGGUGGCCUCUACGAUCCACCCUCGCUUCAAUGCCCGAUAGGUUCGCCCUGUCAAUCCCCCCAGAUGCAAGGUGCCACGCAGGAUCCGCAGCAUAUACAGGGAACAAUAAGAGAAAAAGAGAGAGGAUCUCACAUAUCGUACAUGUUUCGACUGCCGUUCGCCGCUGGCAGUGUCUUCAGCGCCUCGAUGUUAGACACUUUGCUUUAUCAAGCAUUCGUCAAGGAUUACGUGAUAACAUUCGUGAGAUUAUUAUUAGGAGUGGACCAAGCGCCAGGAUCUGGGUUUCUGACGUCGAUGCGUAUAACAAAGGAAGACAUGUGGAUAAGGACGUACGGCAGGUUGUAUCAGAAACUCUGCUCGACCACUUGCGAGAUACCAAUUGGAAUAUACAGGACGCAGGACACUACCGUAUCCGAUUCGUCUCACCAGGGCGAUUCAGACGCGGAAAGCGACGCCGGCGUCGGUGUGACGUACAAGAUGCGUCAUUCGGCGGCAGCAUCGUGCCUUGCGAAUUGCGCCACCCGCGACAAGGGUGCAUCUGCUACUCGUCUGCCGCAGCACAGCAGCGCAUGUAAAACGUCGUUGCAUCCCCGAUUGAUUAUACUCUAUUCGGUGAGCCUCGGCGACGAGGCGCGCGACAACCACGCGCAGCAGAUCGAACGGGCGGAGAUUGCAAACCUGGUGCGCUCGCGGAUGGAAUCGCUGAAUCUACCAGUCGCCGAUUACGACGAUGUAUCGGAGAAGCGCAGCAGCCUCUCCUACGUGAUCAUCAACCCGAGCUGCGACCUGAAACUUGAGGAGGGCGAUAUCGUCUACCUGGUGCGACCGAGCCCGUUCUCCGCACAGAAGACGUUCGAGCGACACAACUCUCGGCGCAAAAGCAACAUCAGCUUCUGCUCGGCGCAGCUAGUGUCACAGAUGAGCGCCGCGGUCGCGGCUGCGGGUCUGCAGACAGGUGGUCCGGGAAGCCGUCGUGGAUCCAGCAUAGGUCUGGCCAGGGCGCCACCCCUCAGCACGACAAAAUCAAACUCGUUGUCUCUACCCGAUAGUCCCACCGUGGCCGGAACUCUGCGCGGUCGCUCAAACUCGUUGAGAGUGGUCGACGAUAUUCUGUUGCGACGAAGUAAUUCUCUGAGACAGAGCCUGACGACGACGGCCAGGCGGAAGAGCAGUCUGGAGGAUAUCGGUCUGGGAGCGCUCUCGCAUCAUUCCAAUCAUAACCCGAUCAAGAUCGCCUUGAACGGCUCGAUCGGCCUGGAGGUGACACCGCCGGAAGAAGGCUCGCAGGGCGGCGGCGCCAGCAACACCGGCAUCCUCGACGUGGGCCUGCCCUCCAUGCCCGAGCUUAACGCGGCUUUGGGGCCCAGUCUCGGCGCGGGCCUUGGUGGCUCCCUGGGUGGCCUCUACGAUCCACCCUCGCUUCAAUGCCCGAUAGGUUCGCCCUGUCAAUCCCCCCAGAUGCAAGGUGCCACGCAGGAUCCGCAGCAUAUACAGGGAACAAUAGUAUGAUAUAACCUUAUGUGGGGACGCAGGCUCUCCGGCGUGACGCGAAACAAAUGGCUGUAGCGUUCCCACAUUCGGCGUUCAAAGCUGGACGUCGAGAACGGCGUCUCUACGGCAAUCGUAGCGAAUCGGUAAAGCAACAUUUUUCUGACUUGAUUAAGCCGGAUAAAUGAGACGGCCGGAGAGCAAGGUGUUUCGAUGAAACAAAUCACAUUGGGCUGGUGACAGUUCUAAAUGUCGAAGGAUGUUUCGCAACGUCGAGUAGAGUAAAUUGGGGUGAGAUUACAUCGGCAAGGAUUUGGUUUUAGUUUAGAACUGAUUUCGUCGACAAUAUUCCAACUUUGUUUAAUUUUCCAUAUCUUUCUACACAUUACAGUUCUUAUGUAGUGAAAUAUGUAAAAUACAAUAGAUAUAUAUAAAAAAAUUAUUGCUGGUAUUUACAAAAAUAAUCGAUAAAUCGAUAAAAAAAAUGCUGAUAGAAAUUUGGAUGCUUACUUUUUCUAUCUCGGUUUUUUGGCGACAAGUUAAUAAUUGCUGAAAUAUUCUCGCCUUAAUUUACAGUAGUAUUGUCUUUUUCGUUUUGAGGCGGCGCGAUUCAUUAUUAAUUCGUGGACCUAAGCGCUGGUAUAUCGAAUCGUAACUGUGAUAUGUCAGACUCUGAUUCCCCACGGAACUAUAGUCUUCUGCUUGAAAGGUCUUGAUGCUGUCGCAAUCGUGGAUGAAGAGUCGCGUCGAGUAUCAGACGGAAACUAACACGCGGUGAUUCGUUGUUAGUUAAAGAGCGAUGUAACGCUACAUUAUGAGAGCUUCAUUUCGGUGUACCUUACUUUUGUAACUUGUACCUGUAGCAGGCUGCGUUCUUAAAACGUUUUGCUCUCUAGGUCGCCUCUAGCGUCCUGACGUCCAUGUAUGCGACUUCAUUCAUCUGAAUGUAGAUCGCUCGAGUUAACGUUAUAGUGCGAAAGGCAUUAAAAAAAAGUGCAUUAUAUGAUAGCUGAACACAUAUUCCGAACCACUUGCGAUCAAUACAAAUUAUCAUAAAUUAAUAUUACUUUCUAUAUCUGGAAUCCGUUUUCAAAAUAUGCCAUAUUUUUGUUAAGUUUAUAUUUGGUUUAAUUUGACAGUAAUCGCUGUGAAUUUUGUACAUUUUUUUAUAAUCGAACAAUUAAAUUAUUAUAGAAUUACAAAUUUUAUUUAUACAUAAAAGUGUUUUGAUCAAUAUAUAAAAAGUAUAGUAUAUAUUUAAUAUACACAU